AUGUGGAAACGAAAUGGCUUAUUUUUACUCGUUUCUCUGAUUGGUGCAAGAGCCUGGUGUCAACAGGCCAGUCUCUUUUCCGCGAAACCGCUUGCAUCUUCCCUGCACUCCAAGACGGCGCUAACAACAGAAACAUCUUGGAAAUUGUACAUGGAAAAAGAGGACGGCAACGGUGGCAACGACAGCGAGGAGACAAAACCAAGGCAAAACCAAGGACGCUUUGGGCCACUGGGAGGGCGCAAAAAGCGACGGCAAGUCAAGCUGUCAGAAAAUGACAACAAAUUCAGCUUCCCUCUGUGGGGGGUAUCCCUCUUGCUUGGAGCAUUCCUCCUUGGAAAAAUAUUUGGGUGGGGAGAUGAUCCAUCAUUCGUAUACUAUGAGAGCAGCGUAUACGAAACUCGUGUCUAUAACCGUGACGGCAGGGUGGAGACUUCCCGCAAGGAAAGCUUCAGAUCUAAUAUUCCAACUUUGGUAGAGGAACAACAGCGGCAACGGGGAGACAGUGAACUGAUGCCACCACCAUUACUGGAAGACUCUAUAAUGGACGAAAUGGACCAGGCAAUUCGUAUUCAGGAAAAAUUCAUAGAUGAGUUCUUUUAG